CGCGGGGCCGUCGGUCCGCCUGUCGAGCGCUUUGCGUAGGCGCGGGCUGUACGUUCAGGCGCGGCGAGUGUUAUGGAGCUCUGGCCCUCAUCGGCGCCCUCGUCUUCGAGGACGGGGGUGCAGAAUCUCGUGCGUGCAGAUGCCGUGCUGUGCAUUCUCGUGUUUCUUGCGAGGCGGAUUUACUUCGCAUCGGCGCGAUCGGUCGGGAGGAAUCAUCAGCAGUGGUCUUUUCUAUGACAGCGCGACUUUAUGGCUUCAUUGUCGCUGGUUUUGGAUCAUCGUUUGGAAGUCGGUCAGUGGAUCGAUGGGUCGUCUAGAGCUAGGUCUCGGUGACUGAUUGUGAGCGUGGUUUGUCGAAACGAGUAGGAGAACAUCCGUUCGGUAGCAGAGGUAGAAUUAGGUGGGAGAUCGUCUUGUCGCUUCUUUCAUCUGGAGGUCGGCGGCACUCGAGGAGUGGAGCUACUACGCUGCGAAUUUCGAGUACGAUGAGUUGGUGAACUGAAUGUUCGGAUUACGUCUUGCUCGUUGAUUCAGGCCUUUAACAGGGAGAAUCUUUAUUGUAUCGUCUCUGGGUAGCUAGAUUCAUGCAUGGUCGAGUUGCAUACUGUAUACUCUGAUGUUUCAUCAUCAUUCGACGGCAGAUUGUGUGGGAUCCGUUCAAGUGAUUUUAUUACGUGAAACUCAGGAUAAAAUUGCGGAUAGGAAGGCUGUUCUAAUCGAGUGUUAUCGGAAUAUGGACGGAUGUUCCUCCCAUUGGCGAAGUAUCCGCAGACCCUGUGGAUGAACUUUCGCAGUGAUACAGUGACCACUGUCCAAACCUCCCUCCAUCGUCCCCCCUCCUGCCCGUACAGCCUCAACUACCUCCCAGGACUUUUUUUCCUUGCACGACUUUUCUUCGCAGUGGGUCAAAUGCGUAUGUUCUGUCAUCAGGAAAAUAGCGGUCAGGUGGAGAAGAGCGACAGGCUGCCAGCCGCAGGCAGUGGCACCCCUGCGCUGUUCAAUUCUACGCUACUUUCUCAGACUAGGAGUAGAGGGUCUUUCAUCACUGAGGUAAAAAGAGGAUACAACGCAACAACUGGAUGGCAUGCGCGUACGUCGCCUGUAACAACCGACAGCACAUUUGCAAAUUCAGUCGAAAGCUGUCCUAAACCUUGAGCUGAAAAAGGGGGCUCGUCCUGUUCUGACUUCAAACCUUCACUUUUCUCGUAAUACAAUCUGUUGUUCGUCCUCAACCUUACGAGAAAUUAUACUUAGCAAAAUCAGUCCGCAUGACGUGCUCCUAGACUUUGUGUCACGGGUAGCAAGGGCUUAGGCGAAAUCAUUGUAGGUGACAUGUCAGAUUGAGAACUAUCCACGAAGCGACGUGUCGUGGAGUUAGCCCACAUCAGUUGUUGAUUUCAGGUGUGUGGCUUUAUAAUAAUGUUUCCGGUCAAAUUUCGGUACAAGAUAGGUAUCAGAAGGAAGAUAUCGUAGAUGAUGUCAUCUGGAGACUCUUAUACCCUCACGAUCAGUAUCCGGAUUUAUGUCAAGUCAGGUGGGCCUAGAAUUGACGAGCAUAAGCUUAGGAUUGACCGGUAUCAUCAGAAAAUUCCGAAUAGUGGACUGCAUCGACGAACACCGGAGACUGGAUCAGCCACUGACAAGUGUGCAAAGUACGCUUGGCGACCGAAAGUCCCAAGCAAUGCCACAGCCUUCACAUAUACCGCAGUAUAUACGAAAAACAAGAGAAGCGUCUUUCGUGAUUCCAGCUGAAUCUAGCUGGAAUUUAGGUUAAAAGGAUAAACGAAUUCAGGUCCCGGUGUGACGGUGACCCAGUGAGAACUGAAGCCAAUCAGUUCUUCGUGGAUCGAAGAUUGAGACAUUGCAGUAGGGCAGCUUCACUAUCUCCAAAUACCGUGUCGACGGAGUGCUGAAUAGGGUCCGGUAUGUUCCCAGAAGUGGCCAACGAGACGCGAGAUGUAAUUCUAGGGGCACCAGGACGAACCGUGAGUCCCAAUACGGAUGCACCUAAAGGCCCAAUAAUGUCAACCUACCAAAUUCCUGUGAUCGAUUUGGCAGACUUGCAGUGUACCGGUCGUGCGAAAAUUGGUCAGGAGAUAGCGCAAGCUUGCGAAUCGUUCGGGUUCUUUCAAGUUGUUAAUCAUGGUGUGGACGUGAAUCUCAUGCACAAACUUAGAGAAGUCAGCAAAGGGUUUUUCCAUCUGCCGGAUGAAGAAAAGGAGCAGUACCGGAAAACUCCCGACAAUAUACAAGGCUAUGCCCAUUCCAACAUCAAAGCCGGUGAAAAUAAGCUCAAUCUUGCAAGUAACGACUUCUUCUACUUUCUGUCUCCUAUGUCGAAGAGAAGGGAAGAUCUCUGGCCUCGUGAUCCUCCAGAGUUCAGACAAACCAUGCGGCAGUACGCAAAAGAGGCGAAAGAACUGGCAGAAAGGCUGUUAUCUGUGAUGUCCGAAAUGCUUGGUCUACCACCAGAAACCUUACAGGUUAAAUUACAAGGACCGACUGGAGAGGCUACGUACACCAUCAGGGCAAACUUCUAUCUACCUUCCCGCACCGAGGAGAUUCAAGUGGGAUUAGGUUGUCAUUCAGAUCCUGGUGGAAUCACCCUUCUUUUGCAAGAUGACGCUCCAGGUUUGCAGGUCAAAUUUAACGACGAGUGGAUUCCAGUUCAACCUCUUCUGGACGGUUUUUGUAUCAAUUGUGGAGACCAGAUUGAGAUAUUGAGCAAUGGAAGAUUCAAGAGCAUCGAGCAUCGGGGAAUGGCUUGCAGGGACAGAGAACGUAUGUCUAUACCUUUCUUCUAUAACCCGGCUUUCGACCAUGUGAUUGCACCAUUGGAAGAGCUGGUGGAUGAUGCUCAUCCUGCACUGUACAACGGUGCUACUUAUGAACAUUAUUUCUUUAACGUUUUCGUCAAAAGAGGUGUUGGAUCCGGUAAACAAUACAUCAAGGAAACUCGGGUGUAGGUACAAUCCAAAGUCACAGUUGGCCCGCUUUCGUUUUACGACGUUCAUUACUUUUAUAGCAGUCGUGUUUACCCUCAGUCAUAUUCUAGCGGGAGGAACUUUUACUAACUUCCGGCUGUGGUAAGUCCUCGCAGAGCCUUAAAUGAUCAUGCUUGCAGAAAUUAUCCACAUAUUCUGAGCUCCGUUUUGAAAUGUUUUUCAAAUUGAUUGAAUGAGCUCACAUUAUAAGUGCCUUAGGUCAUAUUACUUCCUUCCUGUUGAAGCUGUUCUCUCUUCAUUCAGAAUGGCAAGACAAGCUACCGUCUUGCAGAAUGCUUUUAAGAUUUCCAGGUUUGAGCAGAUUCUAUUUGAAUAAUUUCAGCUGUUCCUAGGACGGUGAAAGAAGCUCACAUGCAGGUCAGCGGACAUUUUACCUGUGUGAAAAACGAUUUUUAGAGCAACCUGGCUGUGACAGAUGAAGAAAUAUGAAGAUCGUCUUGUCGUACUUAAAAUGAACUUACACAGUAAAAAACAGAGGAAGAGAAAUCCUUCCCGACCAUCGUUGGUAUUCUGCAGGUUACUGUGAUGGGAGUAAGAAAGCACCUCGCAUCCACACUUUUCGGAUGACAAUGGUUAUCAAUUGAUUGACCUUGUGGUUAGACUAGUAGCCGCAUGGCAACAGUACUGGCCUUCUUUCGUAUAUUGUUUAAUGUAAUUUAGCUCAUCAUUUACGACGAAUUGCGACAUCAUGUGAGGGAAAGGUUUUAAUCUCAUCGCAGAAGCCCUCGCUGGCUGGAAUUUAAAACAUGUCGAAGGUACUUCGCUGCUUACUGACGUAGGUAUAUUUACUCCCACAACUCUGGCAACGUUUAUAGAGAAUCGAGAAACAUGUCAUCAUGCAAGUACUUUUCCAUGAUAGUAUUGAGAGAUAGUACUGUAUGUGUAGCUACUGCUCUGACAACUUUCACUGCCAUUUAGGUAAGAGUUGGUACUUAUGAAUCUACCUGUCUGGCAGAUGUUCUACCAUUAUAGCCUGCAACGAUGAUCCUCACCUAUUUUCUUCAAGAGUUUGGUAAUAUAGUGCCACUUCA